AGACUCAGUUGCAGCCUUAACAUGGCGUCAGUCAGGUUGCAAUCCUGUGUGUUGACAGUUUUCCUCCUGAAUUUCUUCUGUUGUGUCGUCUCCUGUUUGUAUUUUCACAUCGCGGACACCGAGGAGAAAUGUUUCAGAGAGGAAAUACCGGACGACACGGUUGUUAUCGGUAACUUUCGGACUCAGGUGUAUGAUGAGCAGAGGGACGAGCACCUGUCGCCCGCUCAGGACCUCAGGACACUUGUCGUGGUCAAAGAUGCUGAUGAUGAGCUGGUUCUGUCUCGGUCGUUCGGUUCGGACGGAAAGUUCAUAUUCACAUCUCGUAAAGCAGGAGGACACCAGGUCUGCCUGCGGUCCGACUCCUCACACCUCCCCCUGUCUACUGGACGCAUGCUGACGGUUCACCUGGAUAUAAAAGUGGGUGAACGCACCAACAACUACACAAAGAUCGCUGCUGAAGACAAACUGACGGAGCUGCAGCUGAGGAUCCGACAGCUGGCUGAACAGGUCCAACAGAUCCAGAGGGAGCAGGUCUACCAGAGGAUCAGGGAGGAGUAUUUCCGUGAAGUCACCCACAGCACCAACAUGUGGAUCUUCUGGUGGCCCGUCCUCCGCUCUCUCUACGUGGUCGGCAUGAUCAUGUGGCUCACCAAGUCCUGGUAAUACAGCAGGUGAACUCCUGUUUCUUCUUCAGUAAACUUUGGACCUACAGAAGGACACAGUAUGAACUUGAAUAUUUCAUAGAGUAAUUAAGGAUUUUAUCUGAACUAAGGACCCCCACAUCAGAUGAUCAGGACUGAACCUGGAGGAUUUGGUCACC